AUAGGCACAUAACGGCAGUUUCCACACACUACGGAAAAAUCACGUACAAUACAGAAGACGAGAUAAAGUAGUAAAAUAAUACUGUGUUUAAUUAUGUUGAAAUUUCCUGUUAACAUGUUUUUUUUUAAUUACGAAAUAACUCCCUUAUCAUCUAUUCAGUAUACCAGUGCGACUGUUAUAGAAUCUCCGUUGUGCAUUUACCUAACUGGCGGAAUUGUUGUUGUAGGAAACAUGGCGUCCCAGUGCAGCCUCGCUACUCUGUUUCCCAUCCAGAGUCAGCUGGACUUAGAUUUAGAAGAAGCGCCAACGGCACAGGAGGAAGAAACUCUCGUAUUGCAGUAUCUAAAAGACUUGGACGAAAGAGGCGACUUAAAAAUACCAGAUUUCCACACAGGUUUGGAAUGGCUGAACACAGAGGCUCCUCUUUCUUUAAACAAAGAGCUGACUGGCAAAGUUGUGCUGCUGGACUUCUUCACCUACUGCUGCAUCAAUUGCACGCACAUCCUGCCAGAUCUCCACCAGCUUGAGGAGAAACACUCAGUGGAAGAUGGACUGGUUAUUGUUGGUGUUCACUCUGCUAAGUUCCCAAAUGAAAAGGUCCUGGACAAUGUUCGCAGUGCCGUCCUUCGUUACAAUAUCUGCCACCCGGUGGUGAACGACGGCGACGCUCACCUCUGGCAUGAGCUGGAGGUGUCCUGCUGGCCAACGCUGGUCCUGCUUGGACCGCGUGCCAAUCUUCUCUUCUCCAUGGUGGGUGAAGGCCACAGUGACAGGCUGACACUUUUUACCCGUUGUGCCCUCCGCCACUACGGGGAGCGAGGCCUGCUGAAAACACACACGGUGGGAAUCAAGCUAUACAGGGACUCCCUGCAACCCAGCAUACUGUCAUUUCCUGGAAAGGUGGCGAUAGACAGCGGCAGGAAAAGAUUGGUCAUCGCAGACACUGGCCACAACCGCAUUCUAGUGGUGGACUCAUACGGGUUUCUGUUGAAUGCGAUUGGAGGACCUGAAAGUGGGAGUCAAGAUGGUGACCUGUCCGAAGCCUCCUUUAACGCCCCUCAGGGUGUUGCCAUAAAUGGAGACACAGUGUAUGUCGCUGAUACAGAAAACCACCUGAUCCGAAAGAUUGACCUGUUAGAGGGAAGAGUCAGCACCCUCGCUGGCAUCGGAGCUCAAGGCACAGACAAGGAGGGCGGAGCCAUGGGGCCUCAGCAGCCAAUCAGCUCACCCUGGGAUGUGACUCUGGGCUCGGCGGGUGCUGCAGAAUAUAAUGUGCUUUGGAUUGCUAUGGCAGGAACACACCAGAUCUGGGCCUUGUUUCUAGCUGAUGGUAAACUGCCCAAAGGAAGUGAUUUCAAGGCCGGGACUUGCGUGCGAUGGGCCGGCAGCGGCAGUGAGGAAAACAGGAACAAUUCUUACCCCCACAAGGCUGGCUUUGCUCAGCCCUCAGGUCUGGCUUUGGCCCCCGAGGAGCCGUGGAGCUGCAUGUUUGUGGCCGACAGUGAGAGCAGCAGCGUUCGCACCAUCGCUCUGAAGGAUGGUGGUGUUAAGAUGCUUGUCGGUGGAGAGAGAGACCCAACGAACCUUUUUGCUUUCGGGGAUGUUGACGGUAAAGGAGUGGACGCCAAGCUGCAGCAUCCCCUUGGUGUGGCCUGGGCCACUGAACAAAGCCUACUCUACGUGGCCGACUCCUACAACCAUAAGAUCAAGGUGGUGGAUCCAAAGACGAAGGUGUGCAGAACACUAGCAGGAACAGGAGAGGCUGGAGAUGCCCUGGGACCAGAACUGGGCAAAUCCUGCUUCAAUGAACCUGGAGGAAUCUGCGUCAGUGGUGACGGGAAGAUACUUUACGUUGCCGAUACCAACAACCACCAAAUCAAAGUGUUGGACCUGGUCUCCAAGACUGCCUCAUUGUUCUCAAUAUCCAAGGACUGCACAGACUCUGUGCCUACCAGAAUGCCAGCUCCUGUCAAAGCCCCCACACUGCCUAAAUCAGCUGUCAGGAAAACACUGCCACCGGCAGCAGUGUCAGCGGGACAGACUUUCAACCUGUCCCUCACCCUGUCCCUCCCAGAAGGAAGCAAACUGACUGAAGAGGCCCCCAGCUGCUGGACACUUUCAGCUGAGGGUAAUGAAUGGCUACUGGACAGUGAGGUCAUCACCGGUGAUAUUUCCGAUCUCUCCAAGCCCGUUUUCAUCUCCACCAAACUUCCAGCUGUCGUGAAGGACUCCGACAGCAACGCCAGCUUCACUGUGAACGUGUGGCUGUUUUACUGUAGGGAAGCAGGAAACGCCUGUACGAUGAAGGCGGCCUCCUUCAUACAGCCUCUUCAGAUAAGUGGCAGCACCGCCGAGGAAGAGGUCAGUGUGGCACUGACUCAUGCCUUUUAAAGCCGCUCACAGCUCUUGUCUCACACAGCCAAAGAUGCCACUCCGUGCCACGACAUUUCAUCUUCACCUUUAAUAUAACUAAACGACACAGUUUCUUUUCUUUUUUUUAACCCAAAAGAAAAUCGAGUGUAUUUCUUAGUUAUUUCUCCGACCUCCUUUCCAUGCAGCAGUGCUGUUGUUGUGUUACGUUGUUAAUGGGAAUGCAAAUGGAUAUGUAUAUUAGACACGGCAGCAGCACAGAUGCACCGCAGACACAAAUGCAACCUGGAAAAUUUCAAAUGCAGCACUUUAACGUAUGACGCAAACAUUCAGGCUGGAUGUGGGGGAAAAUAUAUUUUCCUUUUUUUAGGUGUAUUUUGAUUAGGUUUUUUUUAAAAUGACCAUUUUGUUGCCAUUUGAAUCAUGACAUGCAGAAAAUUCAGUUUGAUACUAAAUUAAGAACGACAACGUCCUCAAUAAUAAUGAACCGUAUUUGUGAUAAAGGCGAACGAGCCACUGUCACGGUUUAAAAAAGAAUUAAGAUGACCUGCAGAAAGGUUGUCGGUUCAAUCUACUGAAUAAUAGUCACACACACCUCAGCAGACAGUAGACAUUAAACUUCAUAAAGAGAGUUUUAUGAUUGACUUGUGAAAACUCUUCGCUCCGCUUCUACUUUCUCAUAAACGUGUCACCUUGUCUUUAAUAUCAGGCCAGAGAAAUGUGUAAUAAGGAGAAAAGGGAAGAAAUGAAAGCUCCAAAGCUUUAUCUAUGCAGAGAUUCAUUUUUUUGUCAUUAAUAUAUUAAAGGAGUCCUGUACCAGAGUCUUUAUCUUCAAAUUGCAUUUCUUUUUCUAUAAAUGCUAAGGUAUAAAGUAAGUGCUGCUUUUUUUUUGUCAGCUACCAAAACCCAAAGUUUUAGUAUUUUGUUCAGGCUGUGCUCACAUGCUGCUGUCGCCUACAAACCCCGUCCACUUUUCUCCUGGGACGGCUAGAUCCGAUACUCAGGAUCAGUCUGAUAAUGGUCAAAACUAUAGCCCGUCUGAUCCGAUACCUGAGCCCAAUUGUGAACAACAUAAUUUGUUUAGAAAAUUCCCUCCGUGUUCUUUUUCGUCUUGUGUUUGCUGACAUUAAUCAGAACAGAUGGCCUCUUUUUUUUUUUUUUUAGAGACCCCGUUCAAACUGUGUCACAUUUCUCUCGUAGUUCCUGGGCUUCACUUUUAAUUACAUUUAUGUUACCUAGAAAAAAAAAUAGUUUACAAAUCUCUUAAAUAAAAGUGUCCUGGCCAAGACAGACCAUCGUUUAUUUUCCCAAGAUAAUCCAGGUGGCAACAAACUGACGCUUCUUGAUGAGUUCUUUUCUAAGAUGGUUAGAAAAUAAAACUAUAAAUAUAGUUGUGUAGUUACUGAUGCUUUGAUGUCAAAACAUUUUAAAAUUAGAACUGUGUCAUUUUCCAAAGUUAUAUGCAAAGCUACGGAACACUCCAGCUGAUGCCUGGAACCCGAUGCAAAUUGUUGUUUAUUAAUAAGUAGCACAAACAGAAUUUCAGAAAUGCACUGUUGCAUGUUUAUUAUCUGUAGCACAACGGCACAACGGCAACGUGCAACUGGUAUUUAAAGAGUUUUUUUUACUACCAAUACUCUGCGUGACACGCGUUAAUUGACAAGUACUCCACGUUGCAGUAUAGGCAUCGUAUCAGACAUGAAUAAGUUACAUCGAGCCGUCCUUAAAUUUCUACGAAACACCUUCAUGUGUUUAAGUAUCAGUAUCAAAAUAAAUAAAAUACAGUCUAGUGUCAAUAUUCGUAACGAGUACCUGCUCGUUACAUUCAAGCCACUUUACAUGAACAUUUACAUAACUCUGGCUGCGUUAAUCAUGUUUAUGUGUGUGUAAAUGCAGUAUUUGUCUCCGAAGUACCAUGUGUACUCUCACAUUCACGUGCAGCUUUCUUCUGUGUGAGUGUUUGUUCUUUUAUUUGGACUGUCAGUGACAUAAGAAACCUCGUAAAGUUGCUGUGUAAAGUGUCGCUGUCGUUCGAAUCAGUCAUGAACUGCGUUUAUCGUGUACUGUAAGAGACAAAGGACCAGUGCGUGAAGCGGCGCUUCAGCUGUGAGCGCUGUAUUCAUGUUUGUUGCGGGUGUGUGUGUGUGUGUGUGUGUGGACUGUGGUGACGGUGCUGAAGUUGUAACGCUCGUGUAUCUCUUUUCAGUUUUCUAAUUUACGAGGUGACGACAGCAGCGGCCACCAACGAGUGUUUGCACAGCCAUUUUGUGUCAUAACGUAAUUAGGCUUGUCUCACUGGUUUGGUUUGCUCUGGUUGGCUGUGCUCAGGUGCCUUGACCAUGGGAGUGUCACUGUGUUGACGGUGUGAACUGAGUAUUCCUGUCUGAAGCAAUAACAUGUUUCCCUAAUGGGAGAAGUAAGUGCUACACUGUGCUAUGUGUGACUUUCUGGUAUUUUCCUAAUCUGAAUAAAAGUACUGCCUCUCUGCAUUUUUUUUAAAUCUCACAAAUUCUUCCACGUUUGGCAUCUGUUCCAGGAAUUCCUCUUUCGCCUUUCUUGAAGGUAUGCUAGCUUCAUGUGAAAUGCACCACGGCGAGAAACAAGGCUCUAACACAUUUUUGUCGUGGGGUGAUAUUGUUUAUGGGUUGGGUUUGUACUGACCUCCCACAUGGCUGAAAAUCCUUUGUUUUGUUUUUUUUUUUUGCUUUUCCAUUUGAGUCCGGCAAUACGGACACAAUGAGCACAUGAAUAAAAAUGAGACGGCAGUGCUUCUACUUCAGGUUUUAUCAAACGCUUGUCUAAUGAGUGCCUAACCUUAUAAAUAAUAAAUGAAGACUGCAGUGCCAGGUUAGAUCUCUGCUGACCUGAGAUGUCGGACCUGAUGUUCCCAUCUGUGGGUGUUCUCAUUCUUUUAACAGGAUCCGAGUGGUUUGUCUAAUUAACGGACAGUAAGUCACUAGUUUCUCGUCUUUUUCAGUUGAAAGUUGCUCCUGUUUUGAAGAAUGUUUUUUUGCGUUUGUUAUUUAAAUUUGACGUUGCUCAGCUCUUUCGCAGAUCAGCACUUCCUGUCUCAGACCAGUUUGUCAGUGAGGAGACAUUUCUCUAUAAACUUUAAAUCCAAUCCCUGCAUGUUCAUACUGUGUGUGUAGUUGUGCUGUAGCUUUUUGUGGGCGUCAAUCACCAUUUCUUCGCUCUUGGUGGUAUUGAUGGUUGACCGUGUACCAUCUGACCAAAAACGAUAAACCAGUAGAUUACCCAGAUAUACCCAGCUAUUCUUACAUCUUCAGUGAUGUAUAUUAUCUCCUAAAGUACAUCAUUUACUACUCCCUCUGCUGCACAAGGAUAUCAACAACCUUUUACUCUCAUAAUUUUAACCACUCUUGCCUAAUCCUUUAAGGGUCGCAGUGGGAGCUGAAGCCAAUCCUGUUUGUCAAUGGGAGGAGGGCGAUUACACUCCAGACACUCCAUCAUAUGGUCACACGUAGAGACAAACACCCAUUAACCACUAGCGCACAGUUAUUAGUGUCCAAAUAGCCUAAUCCAUUUAACCUCCAUUUUAUUGCGCUGUGGACGAAAGAAGACGAUCCUGGAAAAACUCGACAACAAAACCAUUCGUUUCCAUCAGGGAUCAAACUGAGUCUACUGUAAAGCAAGAGCAGUAACCACUCGUCCACCGUGUGUAUUUAUUGUAGUCAUAGAAGUUGCUGGUAUUUUUACAAAUCUAACAGGCAGUGUAUAAUAUAUUUAAGUUGUAUUUUUUUUCUGUGCUUGUUGGAAUCUGGAAGGAAUUGACUUUGUGUGGUCAGAUGAAGGGCAGGAGGAGACCCCGCCUCCCACUGUGUUUUGGACAGGACUUUAAAUGUCAGCGAUUAGAACGUCUUAUGCAACACAGUCCUAAAACUUCUGCGUGGUUCUCUCACUGACGCUAAGGUUACAGAGUACUUACAGUACAGUGAGUUUAACCCAUAUCCCGAGCUGGUGUUCUGUGACACCUCACUGCUCUAUAUGAAGGUACAGUUUUAAAAAGGCACAGGGAUUUGUGGGGGCAGAUCUCCAGGGCCUUGAGGAUUUAAAUGGGAGUUGUUGGAUCAUAACCUUGAAGACUGCACGGCUCAUUUUAACAGCACAAAAAAAAGGCUUUGAGAGGUUGUUCUCAUGGGGCUUUUAAACACUUCACCUCCUGUGACGCUCACAUGAUGCACGAAGCUGACACUGGUCUGUUGUUAUUGAUCUCCCUAAAUCUGUUGCAUGUUUUUUUUUUCAAAGAGGAAAAAUGUGGAUGACCGAGGUUUCUGAGUGCUGUUAUGAAACGACGAUAAAAAAAACCUUGAAACUAUACGCAGGUUCAGUGAAGGAGAAAAUCCGUCUGGGCCUUUUUUUAAUUGCACGAAUGACACGGCUUAGUCAGCUCUAUUAUUAUCAUAUCUCUGUGGGAGAUUAAAAAUGGCCGCUUUCGUAAUUCAGAGACGGCAGAGGAGGAAAACGCCAAGAUUAUGGGCCGAGAGAGUUGAGUUUUCGCACACGAGUCCUGCGAACAUCACGCCACCUCACCUUUGACCUGAAAGUCAACUGGGAUUUGACAAUAGUGUUGACCUGUGAGGAGUUGGAGUUGUGACACGAACAGCUGGCUCUGAGAAAUGUAGGAAUUUGCUGCUGCUGGUUACUGGUCAAGACCUGUGUGCCGAGCUGUGUUUUUAAAAGUUGAAGUACAGGAGAGUGGUUCAGAUGCUACAAAUUCACUCUCAGAGAGGGAAUAGGUCAGGGGUUACUGGAUGCUUUUAACCUUUUGUUGCCGACGGAAGCGGUCUGGCUCCAAUAUGAACGUCUCCUUGAAAAGAUUGCGCGUGCUGUGUUUGAACGCUGCAUUUGAAUUUCAUUUUUUGUUACAGUUCUUUUCUUUAGUCCAGUUCAGAAAAUGUCAAAUGUAUAUUUUAAGUCGUACAACUAUUUUUUUUCUAUUUUUUGUUCACUAUUUAUAUACAUAUUAUUAGACUUAUUAUUAUUAUUAUUAGAAUGUAUAAAGGGGUUGGUUUGAUAUGUUGCAAAUAAAAAGCUACGAAAUCAAAACAUGUAAAACAAUUUCCCAACCAAAAAACCCUGCAAUCCUACAGACACCACUACAUUCAACCCACAGCUCUAAUUUAAUAUAUUGUACUAAUAACAUAGAAUAAAUACACCGAGCAUCAACAUCUUCAGAUUUGUGGACACGUUCUCUUCUCAGUAUACGAAGGGAAAAGCUCCUGAUAGAAGCUUUCCACAUUGAUUUUCCACAGCGUAUGUUUUAAAUUGCCAAUUUAUCUGUGCCCUAUUUUGGUCACAGGAGAGAUUCGCGCAGAUUGUUUAUUUCCUGGUGCUGUUGUUGUGACUUUCUGUUCUCCCACCGCUUCCAUUAGCAUUUACGAUAUGUUUGUCCUGUAGUCUCGUCAGUGUGCUGUAAGGGCUUUUGGGAUGUUUUACCACUGUCACUUUCACCGUGUGACAUGAGCUUUCACUGUCUGCGUGCAAGAAAAAGUAACAUAUGCACGAAACCCAGUGAUUCCGUAACCACGUUAGCUGUGAUAAAUUAGUGCCAUAAGAGAACCAGAAAAGAAAUCCUGGAAAAUCCACCAACAAAAUAUCUGAGUUUUUAGCUAUGGAGAAAAAGUUGGGGUUUUUUUGUAAAAGAAAAUUGGAUUUCCGGGAGUUGGUGCACGGGGGAAUGAAGAACUAUUUUUCCAACCGUAAUGCCUUGACAAAUGGGAAAAUAACUUGGUAUGGCAUGGGACCAGGUUACAGAAACAGGAAUUUUAAGACUUAAUCUUAAACACAAACAAAUUGAAGGUAGAAUAAACUGCAGGUGGACCGUUGGGAGGAGACAAAGGUGAGGGGAAGAAAAAUAAUAUCACAGAACGGAGUUGAUGGGAGUCGUUAGAAUUUACAUAAUCAAUGUUGAAGUGAGAAAAUCGACAACAAAGCUCAUCCAGAGCAUAUUCGGUGUCAGAUUUUGUAUGUUGCGCGCUUCUUCACUUCCACGUUCCCGCUCAACCUUAUUGAUUCUAAGAGAGCGCUCGCAGCUAACUCUGUUUACCACCGCACGAUCCGCAAUCAAUGUGAAAUGUCAGAGUCACAGAUCAGCAAACAGAGGUCACCACGAGACAUCGAUAAACCAGGUGUGUUAUACAACGAAAAGAGUGAGUUGAUUUCGUCAACACUGGCAGUAGAUGCUGUGUUCAUAUGACACUAACAAGAUUUUUGUUUUUUUUUCUUCGUCAACGAACAGUGUUUGUCACGGUCACUGGGUUCUGACUGUAGGAUGAAGGGGGGUUACUUGGUCCAACAUUUACCUCCGGGGCUUCCUCUCAUUGAUGUGCUUGAAAUAUUGUCACAAGUAUUACACAGCGGCCGCACGGUGGAAGUGAUUAGUGCUCCUGCCUUACAGCAAAGAAGACCGCUGAUUCAGUCACGUAUGAUCUUUUUGAAAGGGAUUGUCACAUGAGCUUUUUUUUUUUCUCCAGAAAUUUCCUCCCUUAGUCCAAAAUCUUGCAGGAUAUGACUGUGAAGGCAUGUUUUUCUUUUCAUUCUCUACAUAGGACCAUGCCUGUGAUCAGUCUUCUGUGUAUCCCACCCUCACUCAGCAACUAGGAGGAGUGAUCUCUGCCAACCCCAACAACUUCCUUCCUUUUCCUGUAAUCCAAAAACCAAUUAAGUGGGUAAAAAUAAUUUUAAAAAAAGAUAGUAUGAGAAAUAGUCCUCCGACUAGACAGCAGUCAGUCCCAAGACGUUUGUUUUUUUAUUAAUGAUAAAUGCAUGGCUGUUUUAUUUUGAAACUGUUGACGGCUGUCAUGAAGCUCGAUGCUUGCUUCAAGUGCGUCCUCGGCUGCAAACUCAACAAGGCUCAUUCAAACAAAAUGUGUUAAAAUGACCUUUGGUCCCCAGCCGUAUGGAGAUGUGCAUUUCUCACAUUCCCUACUCAAACGUGUUCAAAGAGAAUUCUGUGUUAAACAACACAUUCACGGACGUGUGAAAGGAUCCGCGCAGCCACUUUUACAUCUCGAGAAAAACCUUUGCUUUGUUCCUGCUAGGUUGUUCCACAAAGCCCUGGGUCAGCGGGUUCACGGCGGGAGCUGAUUGGGACACACGAAAAAAACGAGUAGCGCGGCCUCAUCCAUCUCUGUGAGGCGUCGGUGUCAAGAGAUCUGUACAAAAGGUUUCACCUAACUCAUCGUGAAAGUCCUCUCCGUCCUGCUCUGUUCCACUAAGGUCAGCUUACGGGCGUAGUCUAAGACAGUGAUUUGAUCUCUUUUCAUCAUAUAUAAAUUAAUUAUCAUGUAUAUAUAAUGUAAAAUAAUUAUUAUUUAAUAUUAAUACGGUUUUUUUUUUACCUGAAGAGGAGUGGACAAGUGUUAUCAUUUUUUCAAAAUUAAAUACCAAGCAGAUUAAUAUAACUUAAUUUACAAAACAAAAUU